AUGGAGCUGUCCGAGGUCCGGUGCUCCAGCGCCAGCGAGGAGCUCUACACCAUCAACAAGACCCCGAGCAGCAACAACAGCAACAGCAGCGGCAGCGCGCGUCCCAAACGGCUGCUGUGGCAGAACGCGGUGCGGCACAUCACCGAGCAGCGGUUUAUCCACGAGCAGGGCGGGGGAGGCGGAGGAGGGGUGAAGGGCAUCGGGCCGGACGAGCCCUACGACCCGAGCGAGGCCGGGAGGAAGCAGUCUGCGGGCCGGACGUCGGUGGGAGACCGGCACAACAACGGCGGAACCAAAGUGUUCCCGGAGCGCGCCAGCAGCGACCUGGGCUUCCUGCAGAUCGACUGCGCGCCGAGCAACUCGGACUUCUUUCUGAACUGGGGCUACACGUACCGGGGCGUCAUCUUCCCCACGCUGCGCAACGCCUUCAAGUCCCGGGACCUGGAGCGGCUGUACCAGCGCUACUUUCUGGGCCAGAGGCGCAAGUCGGUGGUGGUGAUGAACAUCCUGGACGUGGUGACCAAGCUGACCCUGCUGGUGCUGCACCUCACGCUGGCCUCCACCCCGAUGGACCCGAUCAAAGGAACGCUGUUGGGCUUCUUCACGGGCAUCGAGGUCGUCAUUUGUGCCUUAGUGGUGGUGCGGAAGGACACCACGUCGCACAGCUACCUGCAGUACAGCGGCGUGGUCACCUGGGUGGCCAUGGCCACGCAGAUCCUGGCGGCCGGGCUGGGCUACGGGCUGCUGGGGGACGGGGUGGGAUACGUGCUCUUCACCCUGUUCGCCACCUACAGCAUGCUGCCGCUGCCGCUCACCUGGGCCAUCCUGGCGGGCCUGUUCACCUCCGGGCUGCACAUCCUGGUCCAGCUGCUCAUCUCCCAGAAUGCGCAGCUCUCCACCAACCAGGUGGCAGCUCAGGCUGUGCUGUUCAUGUGCAUGAACACUGCUGGGAUCUUCAUCAGCUACCUGUCGGACCGGGCUCAGCGCCAGGCCUUCCUCGAGACGCGACGCUGCAUCGAAGCUCGACUGCGACUCGAGACGGAGAACCAGAGACAGGAGCGACUGGUGUUAUCAGUCCUGCCACGUUUUGUAGUUUUGGAAAUGAUCAACGACAUGACAAAUGUAGAGGACGAGCACCUCCAGCAUCAGUUCCACAGAAUCUACAUCCACCGCUACGAGAAUGUCAGCAUUCUUUUCGCAGAUGUUAAAGGCUUCACAAACCUCUCCACGACGCUGUCAGCGCAGGAGCUGGUGCGAAUGUUGAACGAACUCUUUGCACGCUUCGACCGCCUCGCACACGAGCAUCACUGUCUACGAAUAAAGAUCCUGGGAGACUGUUACUACUGUGUGUCUGGUCUGCCGGAGCCCAGGCAGGAUCACGCCCACUGCUGCGUGGAGAUGGGCCUCAGCAUGAUCAAAACCAUCAGAUAUGUGAGAUCACGUACGAAACACGACAUCGACAUGCGCAUCGGGAUCCACUCCGGCUCGGUUCUUUGUGGCGUUUUGGGCCUCAGGAAGUGGCAGUUUGACGUCUGGUCCUGGGACGUUGACAUCGCCAACAAGCUGGAGUCUGGAGGAAUCCCAGGGAGGAUCCACAUCUCCAAAGCGGCUCUGGACUGUCUGAACGGCGACUACGAGGUGGAGGAGGGCCACGGGAAGGACCGCAACGACUUCCUGCGCCGCCACAACAUCGAGACGUACCUGAUCAAGCAGCCGGAGGAGAGUAUGCUGACGCUGCCCGAGGACAUCAUGAAGGAGGCGGCGAGCUCGGCCGACCGGCGGGCCAGCAGCGCCACCUUCAACGAGGCCUCCUGGAGUCCCGAGCUGCCCUUCGACAACAUCGUGGGGAAGCAGAACACUCUGGCUGCCCUAACGAGAAAUUCGAUAAAUCUGCUUCCAAACCAUCUCGCACAAGCUUUGCAUGUCCACUCUGGUCCUGAGGAAAUUAACAAGCGAAUAGAGAGCGCCAUCGACUUACGGAGUGGCGAUAAGUUGAGAAGAGAGCAUAUCAAGCCUUUCUCACUGAUGUUUAAAGACUCCAGCCUGGAAGAGAAGUACUCCCAGAUGAGGGACGAGGUGUUCAAGUCCAACCUGGUUUGCGCCUUCAUCGUGCUCAUCUUCAUCACGACCAUCCAGAGCCUGCUUCCCUCUGCCAGGAUGGUAACCAUGGUGAUCCAGUUCUCGGUCCUCAUUGUCCUCCACUCCUGCCUGGUCCUGGUUACGACGGCGGAGGACUACAAGUGUCUGCCUCUGGUCCUGAGAAAGGCCUGCUGCUGGAUCAACGAGACGUACGCAGCGCGAAACGUCAUCAUCUUCGUGUCGAUCCUCAUCAACUUCCUGGCAGCCAUGAUCAAUAUCCUGUGGUGCGACUUCGACAAGUCCAGCACCUUCAGGAACCAGACGUACAACGAGUCGGCCUCCAUCCCGGACAUCUGCUUCUACCCGGAGUAUUUCGUAUUCACAGGUGUGCUGGCGAUGGUCACCUGUGCCGUGUUCCUGAGGCUGAACUCGGUGCUGAAGCUGGCGGUUCUGCUGGUGAUGAUCGCCAUCUACUCGCUGCUGACCGAAGCCUUUUACACGUCGCUGUUCGUUCGCUACGACACCGUUCACCACAACACAGAAAAUUUCCUGGGAACAAAAGAGACGUCAUUGCUCCUCAUGGCCAUGUUCCUCCUCGCUGUGUUUUAUCACGGACAGCAGCUGGAGUACACGGCUCGGCUGGACUUCCUGUGGCGCGUCCAGGCCAAAGAGGAGAUCAACGAGAUGAAGGAGUUGCGAGAACACAAUGAGAACAUGCUGAGGAACAUCCUACCGAGCCAUGUGGCCCGACACUUCCUGGAGAAGGACCGUGACAACGAGGUCUGUGGAAAAACCCAGUUACACUUUUACAAUUUAUCCUCAGGGUGA